AUGUCUCAAUCCUGCCCGAUAAACAAAUGCGCUCGCACAUCACGUGGCUUGUGUGAUUGCUGUCAGAAAAAUCUGUGUUUACAACAUUUAAGUGAACAUAAUGCGUUACUUGUCGCCGAAUUGAACCCUUUCACUGAUGAAAUUAAUGCACUUGGCAAUCGUCUCAGCACACUGAAUAUUCAGAACAUUACUAGCAACCACCAUCAAAAGCUUCAACAAUGGCGUGACGAUUGUUUCAAGAAGAUCAAUUAUUUCUUUGAAAGGAAAUGUCAAGAGAUCGAUCAACUUAUUAAUGAAAAAAUCGAGCAACAUAGAAAACAACUAAAUGAAAUAAGUUUAAAAAUAGCUGAUCGCAUUAAUGCACAAGAAACAACUCGUCAAGAUAUCGAUUCAUUGAACUCAUCUAUAGCGCAUCUGAAAACUGAAAUGAAUAAGAUUGAACAAGUAUGUUUUACAAUCGAUACUCGCCCGUUAGUAAUAGACGACUCAUUCGUUGUUAUUCAGAAAGCGACUGAACAUGAGCUUGAUUUAUCGACUCUCUCGCGGGCCUAUAGAACUAUAGAUCGCCCAAAGGACAGUUUUCGACCAUUAGCUGACAAUGAUCAACACUUAUUAUUACAUAUGAAUCCUAAUAUAUGCUUAUUCGACCGGCAGAUGAACAAAUUAAAAGAAACUCCAUGGAGUCACGGUGCCAUUAGGGACAUGUGUUGGUCGGCAACAUUAAAUCGAUUUAUUGUUCUUGGGACAAAUAGUAUCUUUCUUAUUGAAGAAAAUAUGAUAUCAAUUGAUAAGGUGAAGACGAUGAACAACCCAGACUGGCUAUCGUGUUCAUGUUCUGAUACACUUCUGUUUGUAAGCACACAUGAAUGGGCUUCAUCAAUUAUAGGAUUUGCUUUAGUACCAGCGAUUACACCGAUUAAAGAAUGGAAAUAUCCUCUCACAUGUGCCAAAGAUGAUUUUAUCCAUGACAUCGUUUAUCAUAAAGAAAAUCUCGUUCUGAUGAUUAAAAACGAUACUAAGAAAUCGCUACGCAUCGAACUCAGAUCCGCAAGUAGCCUUGAUUGCAUAUGGUCGCUUCCACUUGAUAUAAAGUGUAUCCAAAAUAUAGCAUUUCGGUGUUGUACACUUACUGGUGAUGAAUGGCUUAUUCCAGACUAUGAAACUGACCGCUUUUUUCAGAUUACAAAAGAUGGUAAAAUAAAGAAAAUAAUUCAAUAUCAUCCAACUCCCUAUCAUGCUACUGCAUUUGGCGAAAAUCAACUAGUUGUAGUCACUAUGAAUAGUGUACUUCUGCAUACGAUUCAAUAA